ACAGACCUUAAUCGGCAAACUGUAUCAUUUUCAAGUGAAUUCUGAAUGGAAUAAUUCAAAAGUGUGAGUGGGGGAUGACUCGCGCAACCAACUUAUGACAUGCCAUAGACUACUGAGGAGGAAUGGCCUGCCAUAAUUCGCUAGGUUCAGCUUUAAGACUGUUGAAAGGUAUUCUCUUUUUAUUUUUUAAUUUUUUUGGGUAUCUCAUUUAUGAUUCAUCUGUCCACCCACAUAAAGUAUAUUUUGUCAAUCCUCAGUGCUUACAAGACUAAUGUGCAGACUCACAGACAGAAACACUAAACCAUCCCACUGCUUCACAAAGGGUUUUGAAUUUUGGUGCAUUUGAAUUGGGCUACCCUCAUCAAAAUAGCAGAGGCAGACAUGCAUAACUAUAGUGAUGGGUAGGAUAAUGCAAAGACUUUGUGUCUUGUACUUUUCAAAACAAACUGGCACCCAUGGGUUCUCACAUGUCAUGGUCAGGACCAACAGUACAGUGAGGACCAAUAUCAACCAAUAGCACAAGGAACUUACUGCAUCCUGUUUAAAAAUGUAAUAUUCUUUUGUGUGUUUUUUUUUUUUUCACUGUGACAUUAUAGGAUUUAGUAGCCUAUAUUAGAGGUUUUGAUCCGUUUUAGUUUGUGAGAGGGAAAAGAAGAGAUAUUUGAUAUAGUAACACAUACAUCAGAUCACUUCGUUGGGAUGCUUUUCUGUUGCCUUGCUCAUGGGUCAACUGUUCUAUCUCCCUCGAGUGCCUCUGAAGAAAUGAGACAUCCUUAAUGAUGUCUGCCUUUGGACAAUAUCCACUGAACAAGCUGGAGGAAUGAGGCAUGAGGACAGUGGAGCCAUAAACACACUGACCAAACAACCCCCACUACAUCUUAAUAGGCUACUCAUGACAAGAACUGCAGGCAUACAUCAAAGACGCAUACACACACAUACUUUGACAUGUUAGACACAUCUUUAAAGUCUGAAGUACAGAAGGCCAUUCAAGAUUAUUUUUUUACUCUGCAUACUUUUUGGGUUGUGCACAAACUGACCACUGGGUGGCCAUGUAGCUUCACGCUUUCCAUUUCCUGGGCAGCAGAUUGUACUGUAGGUGUCCAUCUCCUUCCUGUACACUUAUUGAUCAUACCUGUAGGACAAAAUACGCAUAUUUAAGUGUGUACACAAAAACACAUCAGGCAUAAAAGAAGCUCAACCAAAAGUGUCCUCCUUUGUGUGAGAAAUCAACAGGCUCAUUAUAACCUGUAGCAAAAUCAAGAAUGUCGUAGGUGAAUAUACACUAAUGAAAUAAUGAAUUAGAUCAUCCUAAAUGCUUAUUGGAAUAGCUUUUGAAACUUCUCAAGAUCAAUGGUGUAUAAUCUUCAUGUUUCCAGACAACAACCCUUGUAAGGCAGGGAUGUGAAAACAUGUUUUCUAUUGUUUCUUUAGUCCUCCAUUGUGUCACUUCUCCUCCAGUACAAAAUGAUCAUAAACUCCAAUGGGGUUUGUAUGUGUACAGUCUUACUGAAAUAAACAGACAUGUUGAAAAAAGAGAUUGUUUAUGGGUGUUUUAAACAGCAGUAGGUAAGGCAAUCAAGCACACCUAACAGGCAUAUGUGGUCACUCGGCAUAACGGUUGUGUCUUUCUUUUUUGAACAUCUCUGUAUUUGUUCGACGUCAUGGAAGGUGAACUGCUCUGUCAGCCAGCGGUUAGAGGAAGUUGAAAAAAGUUGUGUUGAGAGGAAGUCGUCAAAAGAGUUUCGAGAGGGUCAGGAGACACACUCGUUCCACACAGUAUGGAUGUUUGGUUUAAAACAUCUUCAAAAUGAUUCCCAGCAAAUCAUUUUUGGUUGUCUUUGGAGGCCUUGUUGUCUUUUCUGUUAUGGGAAGAUGUUUAACCUCUAUACCAAGUGUAGAUUGUUAUAUUGUUAAUUUGGAAAAUGUAAACUGCACCUGGAAUUGUGAUCAUAAUCAUAGUGAAGUAAGCUUUUUCAGUUGGACUCCAAACAGUGUCACAAUUUCAUCCAGACAAUAUACUGAGUGCCCAACUUACCAGUAUAAGAAUGGUUGUAGUGUUGGCUGCAUCUUUCCUUUUGAUCAAAAAAAUAGAUACAAACACCUUCACACCACACUAUUUAAUGGGAGCACACAGAGAAAUCAGACACACGAUAUGCGCAGUGAUGUGAAACUUAACCCACCCCAGAACCUGACUGUGCUGUGGAACAGCACUACUGGAGAUGUGUCUCUGUGGUGGGACAUCAGUGGCCCUGUCAAAGGCACUUGUGUUGAGAGUAUGCUUUCGUACCAGACGGGCUCACAGACAUGGCAGAACACAAAAUCGCUUUUGCCAGGAAUCACCUCCUACACCUUGCCCAAAGCAUCUCGGACACAAACACACAUGUUUCGAGUCAGGAGUCGAUAUGCUGCGCAUUGUACACAGUUCAAAUACUGGAGUGACUGGACUGCAGCUGUUCAAUGGGGACCCGUUGAGCCCAGUGAUUCAGCAGAUAUCUCAGUCAAGAAGGGUCUGUAUGUGGCUUUUGGAGUUGUGGCACUUGCCAUCAUCCUGAUCAUCAUGGUCCGUGUGCUAUUAGAAUGUGAGAGGAUCAGGGUGAUCUUUGUUCCGGUGGUUCCAGACCCAACCAAAAAUCUCAAAGAUCUCUUCUAUGAAUAUGGUGGCAAUGUUGAGGGAUGGGUACAAAUAUCUCCAGAACUGAGGGAUGCCUUUAAGUCGGACUUCAAUGAGACGGCUUGUGUUGUGAGGGAGACCAGACCAUUGUAGAGAAGAACGGCAGCACAACUAGAUCGCAACUCGUUGAAAAACCAGCCCGUAUCAUGCUGCAAUGAACUAGUUUCUAUUCUAUGUAAUGUGUAAACAUUUAUUCAUAUGUGUGCAAGGUUUACUCAGAGCUUGAAAUACACUCUCUACUCCAUGUUAUGGUUAUGGAAUUUGGCAGAUGCUUUUGUCCAAAAUGACAUACAAAUAAUAAACAAAAAAAACAAUAGUUACAUUUAUCAGUGGACAAUUUAGGUAUACCAUGUUAUAGUUUUUGCAAAAGCUUUGAGACAGAGAGAAUGUGUUACUGGGAAAGACUCAAUUAUCCAAUCUGCCUUGUGUGUGUAUACUACUGUCCAUUAGAAUUUUAAAAUCCCAUCCAUCUAUCCAUCCAGUCAUUUGAUUAUCAUCAAACCUUCUGAUCACAUCUCUGUUUAGCUAAAACACAUUUUGCACAAAACCUUCUACAUUUCUAAAUGUAUUUCACACUAGCUAUGAAGGAUUCUUUUGAAGGUUUGCCGAAAUGUUGAUCUGUUGACUGACUUUAAUGUUAAGUCUGCCCAGAGAGCAGCAGCAAAACCUGAGUAUUACCUACGUUUUUACCUGAAAUUUGCACAGUGCCUAUACUUCAGAGGCCGCUGUUCCAAAUGCUUGACCUCUGAAAAGCUGUGACCCUCAGAAUGACUAUGUGAAGUAGAGGUUACAGAGGCUAGCAUAUUGUUUUUCCUUUCUGCCGAAUUAAGCAUCUUUGAACCUUACCACAUUUCAGCCAUCUAGGCCACUUGAAAAAUGCACUGACAAUAAAGGCUCAGGCUAUAUGAACCUCUUUGUGUAGAAUAUUGGUCUCAAAUGAAAGGCUUUCACUGAAUAAACAAUGGUCAAUGAUGAUUUAAGAGGUAUUUAUUAGAAUAUUUAUUGUAUUGGCAUGUUUCAUAGAAGUCUCAGUCAUUUUUAUAAGCAUGUGGUACCAUGCCGUAUAUCAUUCCAUAUCAUUCCAUGUGCUUAUAAUCUGUAAAUAGACUGUAAAUAAAUGGUUGAAUAAAGCCUACAUUUUUAU